UUUUGAGUGUAGAGAUAAACGUCAAGAGGGCAAAAAAUAAGAAAAUAGUCACUUGAUCUUGUGACCAGUUUUGCAUUGGUGGGUCGAUUCGUGAGUUUGUCCAGGAAACUUUUUAAAAUGUCGUCCAAGGAUCGAAUUCCAAUUUUCCCGUCCCGCGGUGCCCAAAUGCAAAUGAAGGCUCGUCUUGCUGGAGCCCACAAAGGUCACGGGUUACUCAAGAAGAAGGCUGAUGCCCUCCAGAUGAGGUUCCGAAUGAUCCUCAGCAAGAUCAUUGAGACGAAAACCUUGAUGGGAGAGGUGAUGAAGGAAGCAGCCUUUUCUCUGGCAGAGGCCAAGUUUCUGUCCGGAGAUUUCAACCAGGUGGUGCUGCAAAACGUUACCAAGGCCCAAAUCAAGAUCCGCACUAAAAAGGAUAACGUCGCUGGUGUAACAUUGCCAGUUUUCGAAUCCUACCAGGAUGGCAGCGAUACAUAUGAGUUGACUGGUCUGGCCAAGGGUGGUCAGCAGAUGCAGAAGCUGAAGAAAAAUUACCAGAGCGCCGUCAAGCUGCUCGUUGAAUUGGCUUCACUCCAGACUUCAUUUGUAACCUUGGAUGAAGUUAUCAAAAUCACCAACAGAAGAGUCAACGCUAUCGAACACGUUAUUAUUCCUCGCAUAGAUCGCACUUUGGCUUAUAUCAUUUCGGAACUGGAUGAGUUGGAAAGAGAGGAAUUCUAUCGCUUGAAGAAAAUUCAGGAUAAGAAACGCAUCGCCAAAAAGAAGGAAGAUGAUCGCAGGGCCGCCCUGCUGGAAAAAGGCAUAGAUGUCCGAGAUCAAGCCAACCUACUAGACGAAGGCGACGAUGAUAUUUUGUUCUAAAAACUUCCGUUUGGAUUUGGCGCACGUUAUAAGAUCGAACACAUACACCAGAAUUGGAUUAAAAGCCAUUCCGGAAAUAACGCAACAGUAAACGGUUUUGAGCUUCGGUAGCCUAUUUCGACAUCCGAAAUCAAUCUGUGUCGGUCUUUUCAUGUACAAGAUGUAUUUUUCCUUUGUUUUUAAUUGUGUAUCUAGUUUAACGUACAUAGUGCAUUCGUAUAUUCACAGAAUAAAAGUGGUUGGUACGAUGAGAUA